AUGUUAGAGUGCGAUGCUGAGUCUGGACCUUCUCCCACAACGCACCCGGCCAAGUUGCCGGUAUUUGGGGAUUUGCCUCCGUUAUCGCACGACCUACAAAGCCCCAUUGAGGUGAGCGAGCCAGUCAAGGAGGCGGGUUCGAAGAAAAGGAAGAUCGAGCGAGGGCUUUCCUAUCCUAGGAAACGUUCGGUUCGAGCUUGUCAACUGUGCCGGCGUCGAAAGACCAAAUGCGACAAUGCGCUGCCCAAGUGCGGCCUGUGCAAUGAAGUUGGGACUACCUGUACCUACGAGGAUAGUGACUCUAAUCUGUUUUCGCACGACCCGACAACUCUCGCCAUAUUUGAGCGGAUCAGCCAUUUAGUGCAGCUGGUUGAGGAUCUUAGAAGUGCGCGAGUAGUAGCGAACGAGACCUCUCCAUUGCCCUCUCGUACGCCUUCUCUCACUUACAAUAAUGGAAUGUCUGGCUUGGUGUCCCCUGCAAUCCCCUCGCGCUGCAACUUGACAUUUCGCAUCUCGACAUGGGAAAUAUUCGAUGGACAGUGUCUAUCGCUAGAUCCCGACGCACAGUUCCAGGGACUCAACCAAUGCGCCCCAAAAGUCAAUGCCCAGCAUACAGGAGCCCGGAUUGUGGAAGAGGACGCCCCUCGUCUGAUUCGUCGCUUCUUGUCUAACGUCCACCCCAAGAACCCGGUAGUAGACCAUAAUUUGCUGCUCGUAUAUGCUAAGGAUGUUGCAGAAAAAGGUCUCUGGUGGGAUGGGCCCACAUGUCUGGUCCUGGUCGCAUGUGCAUUAGGCUGCAUCUCCUCCGAGUUCCGUCGAGUAUCUGUUACUGCGCCGGGAGAGACUGAGGGCAAUCGCGUUUUGGCCGACGCAUACUAUGCCGCAGCACAACGGCGCAUUGCUUCCCUUGAUUUUUGCUCGCUUGAAUACUUGCAAUGUCUCUUCCUUUCUGGCAUGUACGAGACAUACAAUCUGCGUUUACUUGCAGCAUGGCACUCGUUUCAUUCUGCCUGUGGUGCCAUCCAGAUCUACUUCCAUCGAUGGGGGGGGUCUCAGAGCAGGGACGAACGCACCACUCAGAUUGAGCGACAGCUGUAUUGGUCCAGUUUGCGGUCCGAAAGGGAACUGUGUAUCGAGCUGAAUCUCCCAUGCUCCCAGCUUUCUGACUUCCCUAUUGCCGACCAAUUCCCAACGCCGCCACAGCAGGCCAACCUUCUGGAAGCGUACGAGGGGUUUUCAGUCGAAGAGAUGUGGUACUACUAUCUCACGGAAAUCUCUCAACGGUGUAUCUCCGAUCGCAUUCUCAACACAUUUUACACCGAAGACAAUGAUAGGAAAUGGCUGACCUGUCCAGUGGACGAAAUGGUCAAAGUCGCAACCGAGCUGGAAGAAAACCUCAAUUUUGCUAUUUCAAACCUACCAGCACAGCUGCGGUAUGAGCAAGAAGAGCUGCAACACCGAGAACUACCCUUCUUCACAAGCAUGCGAAUCAUGACCGCCAGGGAAUCUCUCUAUCGUCCCUUUUUGUACCGCGUGGUACACUCCCUCCAGGCCCAGCCGGCGGUAGUCCAAGACCUAGCGUCCCGGUGCUUGGAUUUGUGCCGGACUUUGACCCACCACGUUGCGAUCCAAUACCGCCACCAUGGAAGCUGGCUAAUGGCUCGAUGCGCGUUUCGAUGCGGCCUUUCCAUCCUUGCUGCUGCAAGAAGCGGCAGGAUUCCUGUUCCUCCUGAUUGGAGGGAGUGUGUUGAAAAGGCCAUUGCCACAGUGAGAUUCUGGGCCAAAGACGCCAGUGAUUUGGAAACGCUGGAUAAGUCGCUGUGUAGGGUUUAUGAGACUACGAAAUGA